CAUGGCACGUCAGUUUGUCGGAUGAUGACUCGGCUUAGAGAGUGCGUCGUGAGCUGAAAGUUUGGGGCCGUCUCAAACAUGAUUGCAUUCUUCCACUUUGGGGAGUGGCAAAUGACUUUGGGCCCUAUCCCGCAAUGAUUUGCCCAUGGGCCGAGAAUGGAAUGCUCACCGGCUUUCUUGAGCGCCAACAGGACAUAUUGUCGUGUCAAGAUCGGUUCUCCCUUCUGAAUGACAUCGUCCUCGGAUUGCAAUACCUUCACAGCAAAUCAAUUGUCCAUGGCGACCUGACAGGGUCAAAUGUUUUGAUUUAUGGCAACGGACGAGCAUGUCUUGCUGAUUUUGGCCUUUCGACUAUUAUUUUGGAGUUCAUUGGCACCUCGUAUUUCACGAGUUCCAUCAAGGGAAACAUCCGAUGGGCAGCUGCAGAGCUGUUUGAAGUACCAGACGGACGAUGAAGAAGAAGACGAGGCGUCCCCAGUGUCGCUCAGCACGGAGUGCGACAUUUACUCAUUUGGCAGUAUCACAUUACAGGUACUGACUG